AGAAACAGUUAGCACUUCCAGAGACGUGUAGUGUAAAAACUGUCUCAGUCAUGGAGCGCCAGCUUAUGAUAGAAUCUGUCCAAUUCUUUCUGUGGAUGAUGACUUUCCUCAUCGUAAACAGACGAUCGCUUAUUUCUGCACCGAAGGUAAUGAAAAACCUCGUCGUCAAGAUCUGUGGUCAGGGUAAGGAGAGCCUUGAAAAGUUGACGAAAGUCUGGGUUCCCAGUGGAGAGAGCCACGUGCAUCUGACCAAUGGUCAGGGUCACGAGAAGAUGGCCAAAUCCGAUGUCCCCAGUAAAGAGGGCCACAAGAAGGUGACCAAAGCCACGAUCCCCCGUAAAGAAAUCGACAAGAAGCUGAUAAAUAGCAUUCUCUCUCCUGGCAAGUUUGGCAAGAAGCUGGCCGUAGUUAAUAACCCACAUAUGCAUGGAGAUGGCCCCAAGAAGCUGUUUAAAGCAAACGUCCCCAGUGAGGACGACAGCGAGAAAGUCCUCAGAGGAGGUUCUAAGGAUAAGCUGACAAAGGCCACGGUCUCCAGACGAGAAGGCCCCCAGAAGCUGCCCAAUGAUCCCCGUGGAGUGGGUGACGCCGAGAAAUCGACUAAGGCCAAUGCCCCCUGUGGCCAAGAGAAGCUGGCCAAAGCCAAGGUCCCCAGCGGAGGGAACCACCAGAAGGUGACCAAAGCCACCAAGAAAGCCAUUCUCCCUCCUGGAAAGUUUGGCAUUAAGCUGACCAAAGUUGUUGUCCCACAUGGAGAUGUCCCCAUCAAGCUGGUCAAAGCCAAAGUCCCCAUUGAAGACGACAGCGAGAAGCUGGCCGCAGCAAAAGUCCCCAGAGGUAAUGCUCACGAUAAGCUGACCAAGGCCACGGUCUCCAGACGAGAAGGGCACCAGAAGCUGACUAAUGAUCCCCGUGGAGUGGGCGACGCCGAGAGGUCGACCAAGGCCAAUGCCCGUUGCGAAGCUGGCCAAGAGAAGCUGGCCAAAGCCAAGGUCCCCAGCGGAGGGAACCACGACAAGCUGACCACAGCAAAGGUUCUUAGCGGGGGGAGCCACCAGAAGGUGACCAAAGCCACCAAGAAAGCCAUUCUCCCUCCUGGGAAGUUUGGCAUUAAGCUGACCAAAGUUGUUGUCCCACAUGGAGAUGUCCCCAAGAAGCUGGUCAAAGUCCCCAGUGGAGACGGCAGUGAGAAGGGCCUCCAGAAGCUGACCCAACAUGAGAAGCUAGAUUUGGCCAAGAAGCUGACCAAAGCUGACAACCCAUACGAAGGUUUGGCCAAGAAGCUGGCCAAAGCUAACGACAACUCAUACGGAUAUUUGGCCAAGAAGCUUGUCAAAGCUUACAACCCAUACAGAGAUUUGGCCAAGAAGAUGGUCAACGCUUACAACGCAUACGGAGAUGGCUCCAAGAAGCUGGCCAAGGCUGACAACCCAUACGGAGAUGGCCCCAAGAAGCUGGCCAAAGCUGAUAACCCAUACAGAGAUGGUCCCAAGAAGCUGGCCAAAGCCAAGAUCCCCAGUGCAGGGAACCACGACAGCCUGACCACAGCAAAAGUUCCCCAGCGGGGGGAGCCACCAGAAGAUGUCUCCAAGAAGCUGGUCAAAGUCCCCAGUGGAGACGGCAGUGAGAAGUGCUUCCAGAAGCUGACCAACGUGAAGAAGCUGUCCAAAGCUGACAACCCAUGCGGAGGUGGCCCCAAGAACCUGGCCAAAGCUGACAACCCCUACAGAGAUCUGGCCAAGAAGCUGACCAAAGCUGACAACCCAUACGAAGGUUUGGCCAAGAAGCUGGUCAAAGCUAACAACAACUCAUACGGAUAUUUGGCCAAGAAGCUUGUCAAAGCUUACAACCCAUACAGAGAUUUGGCCAAGAAGAUGGUCAACGCUUACAACGCAUACGGAGAUGGCUCCAAGAAGCUGGCCAAAACUGACAACCCAUACGGAGAUGGCCCCAAGAAGCUGGCCAAAGCUGAUAUCCCACAUGUAGAUGGCCCCAAGAAGCUGACCAACGCGAAGGUCCCAUAUGGAGAUGGUCAAGAGAAGCUGGCUGAAGCCAAGGUAGCCAGCGCCAAGACCUCUAACGGAGAGAGCCACGAGAAGCUGACCACAGCAAAGGUCCCCCGUGGUAAGAGCAACCAGAAGAGUCCCGCAGCUGAGAGCAACGGAGACACCAAAGUGAAGGAUGUUACCUUCCAGAUCCAGACACAGGACAUGCCAUUCCGUAUCGGCACGGUUGUCACACCAGGACUGUGUGCACUGAGGCCAGGACUGUUCUCCCUGAUGAGGCCUGGUUGA